AUGGCGAACGAGACUCUGGGUCGUGGUGCAUGUACCGCACCGUUCCUACAACUAUCAGAGUUCCCAAGCAAAUAUGGCUAUCAUCAAAGCCGAUUUUGUGCCCCAGUCCCAUCGCUUGAAGGCCCAAUCGAUUGUUGUCUACCAUGCCCUAUAACAGACUGGGUAUACUCGGAUGAAUUUGAUGUGAUACCAGAAGCAGCGAACUGGCUCAAUGUAGCUGGUAUGGUAUGCUCAAUUUCACUAUUGGUGACGUACCUGGCUCUUCCAGCCAAACAAACAAGUCGACACUAUCUCAACGUCGGCCUUGUCUCCGCUAUAUGUCUGAUGCAGCUUGGAUUUAUCAUCCCGCUCGGCUCCAAACCAGAGCAAUGCCACGACGGCAUAACACCUAACGAUAUGUAUUCGGACAUGACUUGCGCGUUCUCAGGGGCUUUCCUGCUUUUCGGCGGAUUCUGCAGCAUUAUGUGGGGCUUCCUACGCUCUGUGUCAAUUCACUUACAAAUCUGCUGGAAGAGGGAUCUCGGCGACAAGUUCUUCUGGAUCUCUCUCUUCGCGGGAUGGGGUGUUCCCGCACUCAUCGUGUCGGUGACUCUUCCGUUGACAGGAACAUCCUAUCGAUUUGGCAGCACAUGUCAUAUUAACCAUCCUAAAGCGCUGGAGGACUACUGGGGUCCUUUGCUAGCGUUUGCAGCUAUUUCCACAAUCUUGCAAUUUUCCACUUUCGGGUACAUCAUCAAGGUUUACGUAACCUCACUUCUCGAGGACAAUCCCGCCAACUCAAGUACCAACGUCAGUUCCGGCGGGCUUCCAUCGUAUAACUCACGAGCAGGAAGCGUCAAGACCCUUACUGCUGCACAGGCAUUCAGAAGGAUCAAGAAAGUCAUUGCACUUCAGUGGCGCGGUACUGCAAUAGUGGUGAUCAUAGUCGUCAACGUGGUCUUCCUGGCCAUUGUGUUCGUUCAAAUGGAUAAUACUGUGACCGGAGCCGUGAACCACCUAGAGCGGGCGCAGCCGUGGCUCCUCUGCCUAGUCCUCAACGAUGGAGACAAAAAUAAAUGUCUUGACAAAGUGAAAGACGCAAAGCUAGUAACAAGUGAACCGACAGUGAUGGCUGUAUUAGUGCUACUUUCACUGAAUGGCAUCUGGUCUAUCUUAUUCCUUGGUCGCACGACGAUGAUCAUCGGAUGGGCGGAUAUCCUCCGAGGCCCUUUCCAUAGAAAGCCGACAGACUUUGUCUCGGUUGACGCAAGAAGGUUCUCUGCAGACCCCAAGCAGUAUGAAAUGAUAAUGUCACCACCUUCACGGCCUUACAGUCUUCCAAAAGAGCCAGAGUCUGUGGUCACCAGCCCCCCAGUAGACGAAAAGGAUGGGCUAUUUGCAAUCCCUCAAUCACCUACCAGCCAUUACUCUCGAGACUACUUCGACAACAAGGAAGUGCGCACCAGUAAGGAUACACAACCAUAUUCAACUCCAAGGCUAAGCUUCUCCACCCCACGACCGCCCAGUGCUGGACGGAUGAAUUCAAUGAACUCGAGGUCAUUUUCACCGCAGCUAAGCACGAUACCCACUUCGAGAAGUGCGAGCAGAACGGCGCAACAUACGGCUACCAUGGAGUGGGACCCUACGAGCACACAUGCAAAAUCAAUGAGAUGA